AUGGGUGAUCCACUCAUGACAUCCCCAACGCCUCAAGAAGCUUCUUCCAUGGGGCGAUCUCAAUUCCUGCAAGAGCCCAAUUGGUCAAAUGCCCUACUCCAAGUUGGCAUAGGAACAUCUUCUCCCUCCGUAUCUCAACAAAUAGCUGAUGUUCAGCGGCUCGUUGAGAAGUCUGGUGUGAAGUAUGUCAUGCAUUCAGCUGGAACAACUCUAGAAGGCUCAUGGGACGCUGUUUUUGCUGUUAUUGGGCAGGCACAUACCAUGCUACAUAACGAGGGUAUUGUUCGUAUCCAGACAGAUAUACGGGUUGGGUCCAGAACCGACAAAGUGCAAAGAAUGGAAGACAAAGUGGCUGUUGUUGAGAAACUCCUGGGAAAGUCUUGA